UUGAUGCCAUGCGAAUAAAAAGUAUAAACUUCAUCACCAACCAGUCAUAUCAUUGUGUUCAUGGGGUCAAAGACUAUUCAGGGAAUACAAGGAACUCCUUCAGCUUUUCUUCCUUGAAUCUCCAUCUCUCUCACGUACGAUUUUGCUCCCUUGCUAUUUACAGUUGUUGUGUUGGAGUUAUCAUCCGUUUCUUCGCUACAGGUUUGAACCUGCUUCUAGAAGUGAAAGUUAACUUCAUGGAUGAUGGUCUUGGAAAGAUAGAGGUUUUCCCCGAUCAUUUUCAUGCUUCGAUGCCCAUUGCAGAGUCUGUUGAAAAGAAAAAUCAAUCUUUUUCUCAUUCAAGAACUGAUAACUCUUUUAGUUCCCAUAGUCGCUCGUGGGCUCGAAGAAAAUUGAGAAGUGCUGCAUCAAUGUUGAACUUGUUUAGCCUACGGGGGUUGCCAUGGGGAUCAAGCAGUGAUGAUCAGGAAAAGGUUGAGUUAACUGUUGCAGAAUUAGAAUCUCUUCGAACAGAACUUGCUAGUUUGGAAGAGAGAGAAGCUCACUUUAAAGCUCAGUUGGAACAUGUUGAUGAAAUUUUGCGGUCCGCACGUCUAUCUGGCUACUUGUACAUUCGAACUAGGUGGGCAGCUUUACCAGGAGAACCUCCUCCCAUUGAUGAUACUGAAGUUGACGACUGGCUUCCCCGCUUUGUUGUGCUUCAUGGCUCAUGUUUAUUCUUCUAUAUGCUGUCUACAGAUUUGAGUCCUCAGGACUCUACCCUACUUUCUGAUGUUACUGAAGUCGGUCCUCUGCCAAACUUGACACGAGAAGACAAGGAGAUUCGAUAUUGCUUUUAUAUCUUAACUUCUCAUGGAUUGCGAUAUGAGUGCUCAAGUGUUUCAAAAGUACAGGUGGACUCUUGGCUGACGGCAUUAAGACUCGACUGCAAAAUCGAACCCGAACGCAGGUCGGCUUCCAGGGCUGCUAGGUCUCUGCUUUCGGCUUCGAAGAGCUCGAAUCUCUUGGCUGAAGGGCGAGCUGUAGCAGCAGUGGCAGCACUUUCAUCUAGAGGAAAACCAUUUCUAUCAUCAUUUGGGAAUGCUGGUUCGGGAAAUGCAUACAGGGGAUGGCUUUCAAGUGUCCUUGCCCUUCCUGCAGCAGCCUACAUGAUGCAGGAGCAGGAGUUGCAUGCAACAGAGAUGGAGCGCACUUUCAUUGCAAUCAAGCCUGAUGGAGUCCAGAGAGGGCUGAUUGCAGAAAUCUUAUCACGGUUUGAGCGAAAGGGAUUUAAACUCGUGGCUAUUAAAAUAGUGGUUCCCUCAAAGGACUUUGCCCAGAAGCAUUAUCAUGAUCUCAAGGAAAGACCUUUCUUCAAUGGUCUGUGCGACUUCCUCAGCUCUGGCCCUGUUGUUGCAAUGGUCUGGGAAGGCGAGGGUGUGAUAAAAUAUGGCCGAAAACUAAUUGGAGCAACGGAUCCACAGAAAUCUGAGCCAGGAACUAUCAGAGGUGACCUAGCUGUUGUUGUAGGAAGAAAUAUCAUCCAUGGGAGCGAUGGCCCAGAGACUGCAAAGGAUGAAAUUAACUUAUGGUUUAAACCAGAGGAGUUGGUUAAUUACAGUAGCAAUGCAGAGAAAUGGAUCUAUGGAGUCAACUGAGUUUUUAGAGGCCCCAUACGAGGAGCUGGGGUUGAAAUUAGAGGCUUAAUCAAAUCAUCGGAAUAAAAAUUGUUUUUGGUCGAGGCUCUGGAUGAGAAAAUAUCACAUUGCCUCAAACAAUUGCGACCAAAUAAUCUAUUAUUUAACCUCCUUGUCACAAACUCCAAUCAAUAAUUUAUGUGGCAUCUUCCUUCUAAA